AUGGCUUCUUUCGACAACUCGACCAUCCGCAAGCUCGGGGUAAUCGCCGACAUUCAGUAUGCGGACGUGGAGGAUGGCAGUGAUUUUGCCAAAACCGAGACGCGGUAUUACCGCAACGCGCUGGACGUGAGCAGGAGAACGGAUUUUUCUUCUUGCCACGCGAUCAUCCAGCUUGGCGACAUUAUCGACGGAAAGGCAGUGGACCACACGGAAACAGCAACAAAACGCGUCAUAGACGCGCUGGACGCUGGGUUUACGAGUUCAAUUCCACCAGAAAACAACAAUGACGAAGAUAAGAGGAAGCAGGACGACGUUGCAAGUAGAACCACUAAUAAUCUGAAACGUCCCUACCGUUUUGACAUCGUUGGCAACCACGAGCUCUACUGCGGGUCCCGUUCCUGGUGGCGGGAGAAUGUCUGGCAUCAUGGGGCGGACACUAACACGCCCGACGCAGCGCACGGCUCACUCUACUACAGCUGUGAAGUUGCGGACAGAAAAUGGCGGUUAAUCAUGCUGGACAGCUACGUCGUUUCGAGUCUCGGCUACGGCGACGUGCACAAGACUAGUACCACCAACGAAAUAAAUUCCCCACCAACGCACCCGAAGCUGUUGGAGGCCAAAGAGUUGCUGCGAAGGGAAAACCCGAUGAUGGUGGAGGCACUGGAGCACCCGGAGAAGAAGAUCGACUACUUUAAGGGCGUCCCUCUGGAAAAGCAGCGGUUUUGCCUGUACAACGGCGCGUUUGGGGCAACGCAGCUGCAGUGGCUGGAGGCGGAAUUGGGAAAAGCGAGGGAAAACCAGCAGUUCGUCGUCGUAUUCUAUUGAGAGGAAAAAUCCCCCCUCCCCAUAUCGAAAAGGUAUGUUUCCAAAAAUUUGUGUUGCGGAUUUGAGGUCACAAAUCGCCUCGUCUGUCUUGCAAGAAGGCAAGCCCAAAGAAUACGCCGCCUUAUGGAGGCGAUUUGUAAUGCUGUUUCACCUACAUGGCAGGCCUCUCUUAUGCCAAGCGCCUACAACAAAACACCCCUACGCAGGCUGAGGCUUUGCCUGUAGUGCCUCGCUGCAAGACAGGGCUGAUUUGUGUACACAAAUCCAGCAACAGAGGUUUCCGUUUCAAUAUGGGGAGGGGGGAUUUUUCAUUUUGAUAUAUUCACGCACGUGCCCAUCAUGCACAACCCGGACCGGAAAGACGGCGGCUGGCGCACCCUGGCCUGGGACAGCGACAGGGCCAGGCAAAUUUUAGCCGGAUUCAAGCAAAUCGUGGUGGCCGUCUAUGGCGGACAUCGUAUGAACUGCAAAAGUAUCGUACUCGUAUAAAUGCAUUACAAAUUUACUCAGCGUGAGAGCUGGAAUUUGUCAUGCUGUUUUACCUUAAGGACAUAUGCAUAAAAGCAAUUAGUACAAGUACGAUACUUUUGCACAGGAUACAUCGCCAUCGGUACCAACAUUUGCCGGACGAAGCGACCGGAAUUCAGCACGUUGUCGUGGCUAGUCCGAUGUUGCAGACGCCCGCAGACGACAUGCAGUGCUCCCUGGUUUUGGAAUUUCGGGACAACGGCCGGAUUACGCAAACCGCGCCAGCAGGCUGUACAAGCAUGCCUGCAUCCCUGGAAAUUGCCAAUCCGCACGUUUCUCUGUAAUUGUACCUAUUAUGUAAUAUACGAGGAAAACGAAUAAAAGCUGUGUGUCUAGACGAGAAGUUUCCACAAUGAUCGAAAAUAGAUACCGAUGUCAAGCAAAUGUACAAAGCGACCGAUGCUCUUCGGGGCAGCAGAACACACCGGCUCUCCCACACCCACUACGCCUGCAGAUACAAUAUUCACACGUCGUUCUUCAUGGUCUUGCACUUGCUUCAAAGAUCGAUUGCGGGAGUGCG